AUGGCGGACACUGGGGAGCCGGGGGAGGGGUGGGGAAGCUCCGGGCACUGGCUGGCUGUGCCGGUGGAAACACAGCAUGCAAAGCGUCUGCGUCUCCGACAGGGGCCAGUCGAGCCGUCCGCGCAGUGUCCGGGCUGUUACAAAAUCACCACCGUGUUCAGCCACGCGCAGACGGUGGUGCUGUGUGUGGGCUGCUCCACCGUCCUGUGCCAGCCGACAGGAGGAAAAGCAAGGCUCACAGAAGGAUGCUCCUUCAGACGGAAGCAGCACUGAACGCACCCUGAGUCAACAUGAGUGGGGAACUAUCCCAAUAAACAGAUUUUGGAUACGUU